AUGUCUAGAAAAGUUUCAAUAAGUUCACUUACCUUAUCUGAACCAAUGACAAAACCAGCAAGAGUACAAGUAAACCCUGAAGAUAUUGACGAUCUUGAUAAGACCCAACAAGUGAAUAAUCAUCAAUAUAACAUAUGGUAUUCCAAAUCGUUGUCGGAUGCAAACAAUAAAUCCACCACUAAACUGAAAUACCGUGUUCGAAUAUCCACCGACCAAGGUUUUACAAAAGCAAACAAGAAUACUCAUAUAUGUUUAUUUUUCAGUCGAGGAUGUUGUUAUUUAGGUUCAAAAUGUCAAUAUUUCCAUCGUUUACCAAAAGAAUCUGACAAUUUUAAACCAACACAAGAUUGUUUUGGUCGAGAUAAAACUGCCAACUAUCGAGAUGACAUGGAUGGUGUGGGAUCAUUGAAUAAAGUAAAUUGUACACUAUACGUAGGUGGCAUACAUAUCAAACCGAAUACUGAGCAAUUAUUGGUUAAAAAUUUUCAAGAAUUUGGUACUGUUGAGAAAGUCAGAGUGUUGCAGGGUAAAGGUUGUGCAUUUGUUACUAUGAAAACUGAAAACCAAGCACAAUUUGCUAAAGAAGCAAUGCAAAGUCAAUCCUUAGUGGAAGGUAGCAACGAAGUGUUGUAUGUGAGAUGGGCUAAUGAAGAUAAAAACCCUGCAGCUCAGAAGCAAGAGAAGAAAAGACAACAAGAAUUGGCCUAUGAUACAGUUAAACAAUUACUAGAACAGGAAUCAAACAAAAAACCAAGAUUGGAAAAUGGAGCUGUGAAUAGAAUUGAAACCAUAAACAUUGAUGAUGAACUGGAAGAUGAAGGUGCUGUUGAAGAUGAUGAAGCAGACGAUGAUAUUGAGGAAACGAGGGUCAAUUCUCUUUCAGCGGGGGUAAAGAAAAAUGUAUCAACUCAUCAAGCUAAUGGGACACCUGAAUCAAGCUCUACUUCAGAUGAAAAUGAUCACAAUACAAUACUCCGAAACUCCCUCUUGAAAGAUAUUUCUAGAUUGAAAAAGAAAAUGGUAUAUAAAAGAGAAGAGCCUUAUUUGACCAACCUACUAGUCGACUACUCUAGUGAUGAAGAUGAUGAUUGA